GUGAACGGCCAAUCGAUCGCUGUAGUGGAGAGUGAAUUCUUCCUUGCAGUGUUUGGUGAGUGGAUACCUCACUUAUUGUCAUCCAUCCCUUUAAGUUUUUUUUGUGUAUGUGAGAGGCUCAUUCAAGAGCAGUGAUGCUGAGGUGAAAUGGUGUGCCGAUAGCGGGUGGAGAAUCAGUGGCUGCUGUACCAUUUAUGCGGUGGACGGUAAGCAUUCCACAUCUGAUAUACAAUUUGUUUGCAACCUAGUUAUAUAGCAACCAACCCAGGCGGCGAUCAUUGGAACUGGGUGAUUGUAGUGAAGAAUUCGAAGCACUGACGAUGCUGCUUUAGCUCUACGUCCAAAGUUGAGUGAUUGCUCAAAGCUUUUUUUAGGAAUUCAAGGGACAAGAUGGACGUAUUGUUCAUGAAUUCCCUCGCAAUCCUUUCGUGUCAGAUAUUGUUGUGAAGACUCGAAGUUGUUCGUAUCAAAGGUUGCUGAAUCCCAUUGGUGUUGUUGCUGUGGAGUCUUCUACUGAGGUUUGUUGUUGUGAAGCUGGAAAUGAUAAUGAUAACGCUUGUGAAUUGUGAUUCGUUGCCUGUCGAAGUGAGGGAUAAGUGGCAAACUAGAAUGUUUGAAAGUUUCAGCCAAUUUUUAUUAUUCUCACUCUCCGCUGUGUUAGUGUAGUUUUUUUUAUCAAGAAGAACGUGGGUUUUGAACUCAUCGGAGCGCCAUGGCGCCAGCUCAAGCAGUGGAGAAUGGAGCACUUGCUAGGGCCAUGGGAUCGUCAGAGGAGAACUGGUCGAAGGCCAUGGCUCUCGGGACAGGGUUGUCUGUCUUUUCAAUCACGUUGCGGCGGCAGGUGGAAUCAACCCAGGUUGCGCAAGCAUGCCGAGAGGUCAUGAACCAGCACGCCAUCCUUAGGUCCCAAAUAGUGGAGAAUUCAAAGGGGAGAUAUGCAUUCGUAGUCAAGAGCGACUCUGUCGUGCCUACUGUUGUGAGCUGCCCAUGGCCAAAGGAUGACAACACCAGCCGCUGCAGCGUAGGUGAUAUCGCUGCAGCAGCAUUCUUGAAAACAGCAGCUGGCUGUAAGGAACUGAAAGAAAAGAAGAAGGACGAUUUCAGCUUCACAAGUCUAGUGGACUGCCGAAAGUACUUCGAGCCCAUUCUCCCCGCCGACACCGUAGGAAAUUACGUCUCCGGUAUCCCACAAAGCCAAUAGGUGAAGGAGGGCGUCUCCUUUUGGGAACUUGCGCGCAGCGUGUCAACAACCACUGAGAAAGAGCUGGCGAAAAGCAAACAAUUCUCCGAGAUUCCCGUUCUCAACAUGCUCUUCUCCCAGGUUCUGAAACAUCCCGGUGUGACACCCCAGUCAUCCUUGCGAACCGCGUUGUUCUCCUUGUUUGUAGACGAGACGCCAUUCAACCAGUGGACCAACACUGACAAGCUGCAGGUGGCUGCUGUAUGUGGACCUUUCCCAUCGAUGCAUAGAAUCGGCCCUUGUUUCGCAGUCUGCGACACCAUGCUGGACGGUAACGACAUUUCCAUAUCGCUCAUGUACCCCACCCAAGUGUAUUCUAGAGCACAAAUGAAGGCUUUUGCCGCUUCCGUCAUGAAUCUUCUGGAUGCGGUGUCUCAGGGUAUGUGUUAAGAUUGAUAAUCGCCGGUCUUGAUCAUUUUUCCACCACCUUCACGAGGGGAAAGCACAUGCGUUACGAGGUGUUCUCAUCGGAACUAAAUAUACUUUAAUUUUUGCUGAUCCUCAACAUUUUGAAUCAUACGAUUCUGUCUGUGCUGAUUUCUCACGAGUUCGUAAGGUGAUCUUUUGGCGUCUGCUCAGAGCGUCUCCACAGCAUCUUCCAAGAGCAUCAGUGCUUUCUUUCCAGGCUAUAAACGGCAUGGAUUACAGCUUAGUUUUGAAAUAAUUCUAGAUGCAGGCUUGGAGCAGGUUGAUAGCGGCAAAAAUGGUUUAGAAAUGCUCAUGAUAGUUAUAUGCGAGGCUGAGGUAAAGAUAAAGCUAUCUUGAAUAUUACCAUCCCUGAACUCUUUGAUAUGUACAUAUAUAUACAUAUUGCACGGCAAUGUCCAUCAGUAGGCUAUGCUUCUGCCCCCAUCUUUUGUAGACAUGAAGCAUGGCUUUUAGAGAUUUCAUGUGUAAUAAUUACUAGAUCUUGAACUAAGUUGUGUGAUAUUGGGACUGGUAUGGUGAUAGACAUUGUGCUAGUAUCAAUUCUCCAAACAUGAGUCAUCAUGAGUGGGAUACGGUGCAUAAAUGUGCAUUUUGAAUAACCAAGGUUGGCUCAGGAUUUCAGGAUGAAACAUUGUUACAAUGUUUUGUACAGAAGUUCUUGCUUCAUAAA